AUGGAGUUGUCUAAUGCACAGAAAAGUACCUGGGUGAAAUGGCAAGUAAUUAUUCUCAUUAUCUUCUCGUGCGUUUGGGAUUUCAUCACCGGACAGAUUCGCUAUUCCAUCCCCGAGGAACUUAAACACGGCGCGUUCGUUGGCAACAUCGCCGACGAUUUGGGACUGGAUGUACGGAAACUAUCGGCGCGUCGGUUCCGCAUCGUCCCCGGUCCCAAAACCCAGUAUCUGGAGGUGAAUUUGGAAAACGGGAUCCUGUUUGUGAACGAGAAGGUAGACAGGGAACAGUUGUGUGGUGUCCGGGCUAACUGCUUCCUGCACCUGGAGAUCGUCAUUGAGAACCCUCUAGAACUCUACCGCGUGGAAGUGGAGAUACUGGACGUGAAUGACAAUUCCCCCAGUUUUCCCUGGCGGGAAUUCCGCUUGGAAAUCGCUGAGUCUGUCACCCCUGGAGCCCGGUUCCCCCUAGAGAAGGCGCGCGAUCCAGAUGUGGGCGCCAAUUCCCUCCAAACCUACCAACUCAGUCCCAAUACACACUUUGCUCUGGAGGUGCAGACUCGCAGCGAACGCAACAAAUUCCCAGUGUUGGUUCUUGAAAGAUCCCUGGACCGGGAACAACAGGCGGUGCACAAACUGAUACUGAUGGCGAUUGACGGUGGAGUCCCGGAGAGAUCAGGUACCGCACUGAUUGUCGUUUCCGUCCUGGAUGUCAACGAUAACGCGCCCGUCUUCGAUCAGACGGUAUACACGGUUUGCUUGGUGGAAAACGCUCCCAAAAAUACCGUAGUGAUCAAACUCAACGCCACUGAUUUGGACGAGGGUUCCCAUGGAGAGAUCACCUAUUCCUUCAGUCAUCAUGCGCCAGGCAGAUUGCGCCAGCUGUUCAGUGUGGAACCCCAAACCGGGGAGAUCAGGGUCAAAGGGGUUGUGGAUUAUGAAGAAGCCAGUGUGUAUGAGAUCUACGUGCAAGCGAAUGACAGAGGUCCCUACACGGCGGCUGUGCAUUGCACUGUGGUGGUGGAAAUCAUUGAUGUCAAUGACAAUGCGCCUGAAGUGGUCCUGACAUCCUUAUCCAGUCCGGUUCGCGAGGAUUCUUUCCCGGGUACCGUGAUCGCUUUGAUUAGCGUGACAGACCGGGAUUCGGGAGAAAACGGGAAGACGCAUUGCCACAUGGCCAAGAACCUCCCAUUCAAACUCCAGUCGUCCUUUAAGAACUAUUACACCUUGGUCACCAACGACUUUCUCGACCGUGAAAGCGUCCCGGAGUAUAACGUGACUGUCACGGCGACUGAUUCGGGAUCUCCUCCUCUAUCCACCAACCAAACCAUCUUAGUGCGGGUUUCAGAUGUCAACGACAACGCGCCGCACUUUGCCCACCCUUCCUACACCGUUUAUUUGAUGGAGAACAACGCCCCGGGGGCUUCUAUUUGCUCCGUUUCCGCCUUUGAUCCAGACAUUGAUCAGAAUGCCUAUGUGUCCUACUGUAUCUUGGACGGCAAAAUACGGGGCACCCCCAUAUCCACCUAUGUCUCCAUCAACUUGAACACGGGAAACCUCUAUGCGCUGCGCUCCUUUGACUUUGAGCAACUGAAGAACUUCCAAGUGACAGUUCAAGCUCAGGACGCGGGUUUCCCAUCUCUCCACAGUAAUGUGACGGUCAAUGUGAUCAUCUUGGAUCAGAACGACAACGCCCCCGAGGUCACAUCCCCGUUGCCCCGGAACGGUUCCCACGCCACCGAGAUGGUUCCACGCUCAGCGGACCCGGGCUACCUGGUGACCAAGGUGGUCGCCAUCGACGUGGAUUCUGGGCAGAACGGGCGGCUCUCUUACCAGCUGUUCCAAAGCACAGACCCGGGUCUGUUCAGUGUGGCGCCCCUCAGCGGCGAGAUCAGGACAGUGCGCCUCUUGGAGGAUCAAGAUGCCCUCAAGCAAAGGGUGGUCAUCCUUGUGAUGGACAAUGGACAACCCCCACUGUCCAGCUCAGUCACCAUAAUGGUGUCCAUUGUUGACAGUGUUCCAGAAGUCUUCUCUGACUUGAGCGACAAGCCCCAAGACACCGAGUAUCUCUCUAAUUUCAACCUCUAUUUGAUUGUCUCUUUGGGCUCCGUCUCCUUCAUAUUCCUGGUGGCCAUCAUCACGCUGGUUUCGGUCAAGUGCCACAAGGAGAGACACAGCGCCCAUGGCUACCAGGGCUGCUCUCUCAGCGCCUGUUGCUCCAGCGAAGGCAGCAGCUGUUGUUUCAGACGCAAGCGUUCAGGAGAUGUUUUGAAUAACUCCCAUGUGAACUUCCAGAUGCCAGCCAGCGCCAAGGUCCCGCCGAGCCACAUGGAGGUGGGAGGCAGUGCGUCCCUUAAUCAAACUUACUGCUACAAAGUGUGUUUGAGCCCAGAAUCAGCUAAGACAGACUUAAUGUUUCUCAAACCCUACAGUUCCUCCACUCCUCGGAAUAACGCCAAGACUUCUAACCCAUACGUGACAGGCUGGAGAGGCCAGACUUUGGAUACAUCAACUAUUGGGGCCAAUAAAUGCAGUGAGACCACAUUGACCCGUCACUAUCUCUAGGAGCUGGCGAACCAAGCAUCUGACACCGAGAUGUGGACCAUGGUUCUAUCCAGGCAAACUACUGAACACAAAUGUAUAGAGGAAACUUAGUCAUACUUACCAGCGGAGACUCAUCGAUUAAUUUACUGAACAGAAUAAAUCAACCUCCAGCAAAGGUGGGGGGAACAGCGAGAAGAGAAGGAAUACAAGUUACAUCAAAAGGAAGACGAGACUAUAACUUCCUGUUGAGCAUAUUUAGAGGGAAUCAUACGUUAUUAAAAUGAUCUGAUUGUAAGGAGAAUGUAAAUGAAA